GCAGCCGUAGGCCCCACAGGAUCCUACAACUACUUUUUCCCCCUUUUGCUCACGCACCUCGAAGAACUCGUGCUCCCGCGGGAAGCGCACGGGGCGCGCAAUGAAGCGAAAGGGCGCGGCCCCAGCCGCGGGGUCCCGUUCUACAGGCAGUGGCUCCGCCGCCCCGGGCCCCGCAGCGAGGCGGGCGCACAGCGCAGGCGGCAGCUGCAUCACCCCGGGCGCGGGCGGGCGCAGCCUGUCGGCCACCGUCCACGAGCCGAGCCGGACGUGACGUCACGCGCACUUCCGCCGCCGUCGGGGCUGAGCGGGCGCAGUGGCUCCGGGACUGCGGAGAACAUAUUGUGAUGUUGGUGCCUCAGAGCUAAAACUAUGAGUGAAUUUCGGAUUCACCAUGACGUCAAUGAACUGCUUAGCCUGCUGCGUGUCCACGGAGGAGAUGGGGCUGAGGUCUACAUUGACCUGCUUCAAAAGAACAGGACCCCAUACGUCACUACCACUGUCUCUGCCCACAGUGCCAAGGUUAAAAUUGCAGAGUUUUCUCGUACUCCAGAAGACUUUCUAAAGAAAUAUGAUGAACUAAAAUCUAAAAAUACAAGGAACCUUGACCCGCUGGUGUACCUGUUGUCAAAGCUCACGGAAGACAAAGAGACUCUGCAGUACUUACAACAGAAUGCAAAAGAAAGAGCUGAGCUUGCAGCCGCUGCUGCGGGCAGCAGUACCACCAGCGUCAACAUCCCUGCCACGGCCUCCAAGAUCUCCAUGCAGGAGCUUGAGGAGCUGAGGAAGCAGCUUGGCAGCGUGGCCACAGGCUCCACGCUGCAGCAGUCUCUGGAACUUAAAAGAAAGAUGCUUCGAGACAAGCAGAACAAAAGAAAUUCAGGCCAGCACCUCCCCAUCUUCCCAGCGUGGGUGUAUGAGAGACCUGCCCUGAUCGGGGAUUUCCUGAUUGGUGCUGGCAUCAGCACAGACACCGCUUUACCGAUAGGCACGCUGCCCCUGGCCUCGCAGGAGUCGGCCGUGGUGGAGGACCUGCUGUACGUGCUGGUGGGCGUGGACGGGAGAUACGUCACUGCUCAGCCCCUGGCUGGGAGGCAGAGCCGGACCUUCCUCGUGGACCCCAACCUGGACCUGUCCAUCAGGGAGCUGGUGAACAGGAUCCUCCCGGUGGCUGCCAGCUACUCCACCGUGACCAGGUUCAUUGAAGAGAAGUCUUCCUUCGAGUACGGGCAGGUGAACCACGCCCUGGCAGCCGCCAUGCGCACCCUGGUGAAGGAGCACCUGAUUCUGGUGUCACAGCUGGAGCAGCUGCACAGGCAGGGCCUCCUUUCGCUGCAGAAGCUCUGGUUCUACAUCCAGCCGGCCAUGCGCACCAUGGACAUCCUGGCCUCCCUCGCCACCUCUGUGGACAAAGGCGAGUGUCUUGGGGGGUCCACGCUGAGCCUGCUCCACGACAGGAGCUUCAGCUACACAGGGGACAGCCAGGCGCAGGAGCUAUGCCUGUACCUGACCAAGGCGGCCAGCGCUCCCUACUUCGAGGUUCUGGAGAAGUGGAUCUACAGGGGCAUCAUCCACGACCCGUACAGUGAGUUUAUGGUUGAGGAGCACGAGCUGCGGAAGGAGAGGAUCCAGGAGGAUUACAACGACAAGUACUGGGACCAGCGGUACACCAUCGUCCAGCAGCAGAUCCCGUCCUUCCUGCAGAAAAUGGCGGACAAGAUCCUCAGCACAGGAAAAUAUCUAAAUGUGGUCAGAGAGUGUGGCCAUGACGUCACCUGCCCGGUGGCUAAAGAGAUCAUCUACACGUUAAAAGAGCGGGCAUACGUGGAGCAGAUCGAGAAGGCAUUUAACUACGCCAGCAAGGUGCUGCUGGACUUCCUGAUGGAGGAAAAGGAGCUGGUGGCUCACCUCAGGUCCAUCAAGCGCUACUUCCUCAUGGACCAGGGCGACUUCUUCGUGCACUUCAUGGACCUCGCGGAGGAGGAGCUCCGGAAGCCGGUGGAGGACAUCACGCCCCCGCGUUUGGAGGCGCUGCUGGAGCUGGCGCUGCGCAUGAGCACGGCCAACACUGACCCCUUCAAGGAUGACCUCAAGAUCGACCUGAUGCCCCAUGACCUCAUCACUCAGCUCUUGCGCGUUCUGGCCAUCGAGACGAAGCAGGAGAAGGCGAUGGCCCACGCCGACCCCACGGAGCUGACGCUGAGCGGCCUGGAGGCCUUCUCCUUCGACUACAUCGUCAAGUGGCCCCUUUCGCUCAUCAUCAACAGGAAAGCCCUCACUCGCUACCAGAUGCUCUUCAGGCACAUGUUCUACUGCAAGCACGUGGAGCGGCAGCUCUGCAGCAUCUGGAUCAGCAACAAAACUGCCAAGCAGCACUCGCUGCCCUCCGCCCAGUGGUUUGCUGGGGCUUUCACUCUGCGGCAGCGAAUGCUAAACUUUGUCCAGAAUAUUCAAUACUACAUGAUGUUCGAAGUGAUGGAACCAACCUGGCACAUCCUGGAGAAAAACCUGAAAUCCGCCUCCAACAUUGAUGACGUCCUUGGCCACCACACGGGCUUCCUGGACACCUGCCUGAAGGACUGCAUGCUCACCAACCCCGAGCUGCUUAAGGUCUUCUCCAAGCUCAUGUCCGUGUGCGUCAUGUUCACCAACUGCAUGCAGAAAUUUACCCAGAGCAUGAAAUUAGACGGCGAGCUGGGCGGGCAGACGCUGGAGCAUGGCGCCGUCCCAGGGCUGCCCGCAGGGGCUGAGGAGCGGGCCCGGAAGGAGCUCACCAGGAAGCACCUGGCUGAGCAUGCGGACGCUGCGCAGCUGGUGUCCGGCUUCGAGGCCACCAUCAACAAGUUUGACAAGAACUUCUCAGCCCACCUGCUGGACCUCCUGGCCCGGCUGAGUAUCUAUAGCACCAGUGACUGUGAGCACGGCAUGGCCAGCGUCAUCUCCAGGCUUGACUUCAAUGGUUUCUACACGGAGCGCCUGGAGCGCCUGUCUGCAGAGAGGAGCCAGAAGGCCGUCCCCCAAGUGCCUGUCCUGCGGGGGCCCCCGGUUCCUGCACCCAGGGUCGCAGUCACUGCACAGUGAGCCCUGGCUGCAACAGGAAGGAAGGGUAUGGGGUCAGCAGGGACUGGCGCACAUGGGUCCAGAAUUUUCAAAUCGAAUGCUGUAUGUUCUGUCUUUGCAGUUUAAAUAUAAAGCAGGAAUGAUCAACUCAGCUCAUUUUGUUUCUCAAGGCGCUGGGUUUCGUUUUAUAGAAGCUGCCCAGACAGGGUGGAUGUCUCCCUGGAUUCGCUAAUCUGUUUGCUUUUUAAAAUUACACUAUCACCUUUUUGGGUGUUUUUGGCCUCAAAGUGGAAAUACAUGGUGUUUAAGCCAGCAGCAAGCAAAGAUGUAUGCGGGGUAAGAUCCAGGCCUGGUGUCCACAUCCUUCCAGGUGAGCUGGGGCCGGGCUCCCUGAGGUCUGUUGGAACCGGGACAAGCCUCUGGAAAUGGUCAGGGAAUUGCGGAAACCCACCGGGCGUCGGGCGUCGGGUUUGCUCAGGGCCCAGAGGCAGCCCCGUUCCUUCUCCUGAUGACUCACCCGACUCCACGCCCCUCCUGCUGCUGCUCCAACUGGUCCGGGGCCGGAGGCCACAGACAGGGCCCUCAGGCACCCUGGGAGCCCACACCUCCCCCUCCGUGGGACGCACCCACUGAAGAGUGGUCGAGGGGCAGGCUCUGCUGCUGGCUGGAACCCCCACCCCGCCCUAUCCGGUAUCGCCUUGUUACGUAGAAGUUACUCAGCAGACUGACACCCUACCCAGUCCCCUCGGGCGAUCAUCUGCCCUCUGUCUUCCCACCUCCAGGGCUACAGUGGGCAGCACAGCCAUCCCCAGUGUGACAGGGUCCUGGGAGCCUCAGGGCUGCCCCGGCCAGGUUGGUCUGCUCUGGCUACAUUCUGGCCAAGCUGCCCCUUCCUGCUGACCUGCAUGUGUACUGUUGUCACCUUUAGCUCUCAGCACCUUGGCCCCCUUGGGCAGUGAGGAAGGGCCCUGGAGGCGAGGUUGGGAGGAAGGAUAGCUAGAACAGGAUCCUGUGGGGAAGGGUGUGGGCGGCUCUCACCCGGGGCUGCCUCGCUGAGAGCACCGCAGAGCGGGGGUGUGGGGGUGUCCAACUCUCCAGCCACAAACUGCUUCCUCCUUGUCUGCAGCCUGUGCAGGUCUGGCCUGUGAGUAAACACAUUUAUCAGCAA